AUUAUUGCAUUCAGUUUGGCUUGAAUUGAGUGAAUGAGUGAACGAGUGGUUCAUUGCAGUGACCACACAGUGACUGACCAUUCAUUACACAGCUAUGAGUGCAUCAUAUCAUAGAGAUGUCGGACCUGUUAUUCAGAUGAUUCGCGCCUUCUUGAGAGGGCGCUCAUGGAAUGAACAGUUGCGUAUACCUCAGCACCUGUCACCCAGGCCUAGUCCUCAACCAGAACUGCCUGGCGGACCCUCCCAUAAGACAAGUGCUAACCACUACUACACUCGUGAUGCCCGACGCCUGGUUGAGCCACCCGUUCAGGUGGUGAUGAGUACGAGUAAAGAGCUGAGUGCUGGACAUGCAGGAGAUGGAGAAGACGCUAACAACUCCCUGUCCACCAGUCAUACGAAAGCACCCAAACCCGGACUCACUCACCGGUGGGACUGAUGGUGUGAUUGCAACUCUGGUUACGGUUACAGUUAACUCAUAUAACAGUAGUGACUGUAACUGUAAUAACAGUCAUAGUUGUAGUAAUAGUUGUUAUAUUAGACUAAUAGUUAUCUAAAACACGAUUGUUAUGAUUGUUAGUCAUUUCUGUAUUCAUAUAUAACUAUAAUUUGAUUCAUAAAUUUAGUUUGAUAUUAAAUGCAAUUGCAAUUG